AUGUAUAUAAAAAUAUGCAGUAACAAAAUUAAUCGUCGGAAAUUUUUAUUAAUAUAAUUCAUCAGGAUUGUAAUUGAGUAUAUGUGAAAUCUUCGAAAUCGCUAUUACCGAUGAAUAUUGGGCCGUAUCUUUCUAGACCCGAUUCGGAGGAUUGUAAAUGUGAUGUUCAUGGCUUAAAAGUUAAAAAAGUUAGAUAUAAGCAGUUAGUUGACAAGAAAUGUCGACUUCCUGACGACGACCUGAUAAAAGUCAAUCAUGAAAGGACAAAUCUCACAUCAUUUAUGUUAGACAAUGAUUGCGAUGUAGAAGAGAUAAUGAAGAGUGUUUAUCAAACAGAUUAUAAGAAGAAAGGUUGGCUUGUCACACGAUACAAAUUAUUAAUGGCAGCAAUGGAUUCACCAAUUGGGCUAUCUAUUAUGCCGACAAUCGAUUUAAAAGAUGCUUAUAAAGAUCUGACCAGAUUUAGAUACUUAACUAUAGAAAAUUUAAAGACUCAACCCUUUAAAACAAUAAAUAUCUUGAAUGAUAAGCAAGGUAAGCACAAAUAGUAAAGACUAUCCAUACGUCGACUAUAUAAACAAGAGACCGCUGAAAGAAUUCAAACAUUACAGAUUAUACUUAUAGUAAAGGUAUUUUAUUAUAUAUUACAUUAUA